UUAUUGAUACAAUGAAGCUGAUUUAUGUUUCAGCCAAUGAACGUCCUCACACAGACGGAUGUGGUUUUGCCGGAAAAUUGCACCAAUCGCGACGCAGCACCCACUUCACGGAGGCGGGACUUAACCGUAAAAAAGAAAGUUGGCACACGCCAAUCAUGCGCAGCACUCGCCACUCAUUGGUCGGCCGUUAUGAAUGAGGUGGGUCUUGACGACACACCGUGUCGAGCCACUGUUGAAAUUCCAGGGCUAACCAACUUUAGCCAGCUUGCUAACAUGUAAUUCAGCUAAUGUGAAGAACUACAUAUACAGCGCUAAUCUGGAUUUUAAUGCAAAAAAAUAAUAUUUUAUUGCCAAUAUAACAAUAUUGUAAAAAUCGUCUCGAUGAUUGCUACUGCGCAUGUCUCCUUAACUGCAACCAGGACAUGUCCAGUUAGCCAGAACGCAGCAAUCGGUGGAUAACGAACCUGGCAAGCUAGCCAAGCCAAGCCAGCCAGACCGCUUCUUCUGUAUGGAAAGCCAACGAGGUCAGCGUUGAGGGAUUUUGACAGGUUUCAUCCACCCAGAGGACAAUUAAAAAGCCGGUUGUAGUGACUACCAUGAGUCCCGCGGGCUGCCCCCAUGUCAACGGCUUCAAAGUGGACAACUGGAAGCAGAACCUGAGGGUUAUUUAUCAGUGUUUCGUGUGGAGCGGUUCAGCCGAGACCAGAAAACGCAAGGCCAAGUCGUGUAUCUGCCACAUGUGCGGUGCCCACCUCAACAGACUCCACUCAUGCCUCUACUGCGUCUUCUUCGCCUGCUUUGCCAAAAAACACAUCCACGAGCACGCCAAGAGCAAAAGGCAUAACCUAGCCAUCGACCUGCUGUAUGGAGGGAUCUACUGUUUUAUGUGCCAAGACUACAUUUACGACAAAGACAUGGAACAGAUCGCCAAAGAGGAACAGAGGAAAGCCUGGAAAAUGCAAGGCAUAGGGGAGAAGUACUCAACGUGGGAGCCCACCAAGAGGGAGCUAGAGCUGCUCCGCCACAACCCCAAGAGGAGGAGAAUCACCUCCAACUGUACUAUCGGCCUGCGAGGUCUGAUAAACCUUGGCAACACAUGCUUCAUGAACUGCAUCGUCCAGGCGCUGACGCACACGCCGCUGCUGCGUGACUUCUUCCUGUCGGACCGGCACAAAUGCGAGAUGCAGAGCAACUCCUGUUUGGUGUGUGAGAUGUCGCAACUCUUCCAGGAGUUCUACUCAGGCCACCGGUCGCCACACAUCCCCUUCCGUCUUCUUCACCUGGUGUGGACCCACGCCCGCCACCUGGCCGGCUACGAGCAGCAGGACGCCCACGAGUUCCUCAUCGCGGCGCUGGACGUCCUGCACAGGCACUGCAAAGACGACAACGGGAAGAAAGCCAACAACCCCAACCACUGUAACUGCAUCAUCGACCAAAUCUUCACCGGGGGCCUGCAGUCUGACGUCACCUGUCAAGUCUGCCACGGUGUCUCGACAACCAUAGACCCGUUCUGGGACAUCAGCCUGGACCUGCCGGGCUCCUCCACCCCGUUCUGGCCCCUCAGCCCUGGCGGAGACGGAUCUGCGCUCAACGGAGAGAGUCACGCCACCGGGGCCACAACACUCACAGACUGUCUGCGCAGGUUCACCAGGCCAGAGCACCUCGGCAGCAGUGCUAAGAUCAAGUGCAGCGGUUGCCAUAGUUACCAGGAGUCCACUAAGCAGCUGACCAUGAAGAAGCUGCCCAUCGUGGCCUGCUUUCACCUCAAAAGGUUUGAGCAUUCCGCCAAACUGCGGCGGAAGAUCACGACUUAUGUCUCCUUCCCGUUGGAGCUGGACAUGACCCCCUUCAUGGCCUCCAGUAAAGAGAGCAGGAUGAAUGGGCAGUACCAGCAGACCGUGGACCCCUUCAACAAUGACAACAAGUACAGUCUAUUUGCAGUAGUGAACCACCAGGGGACACUAGAGAGCGGCCAUUACACCACCUUCAUCCGCCAGCACAAGGACCAGUGGUUCAAAUGUGACGACGCCAUCAUCACCAAGGCCAGCAUCAAGGAUGUCCUGGAUAGCGAAGGGUACCUUUUGUUUUAUCACAAGCAGUUCCUGGAGUACGAGUAGUUUUCCCUCCACCAGCGCCGCCCGCGGGAUGAGACGAGGGAUGAUGCAAGGAUGAGUUGCAUGGGAAAAGGUAACCCAGAGUGAUGAGAGAGAGAGAGAGAGAGAGAGAGGCAUGGGAAACGGAAACGCAACGCCUGCCUGAGUCACUCUUUUAAGUCGCAACUCUCACUCUUAACAUGGAACCACCCCUUACUCCAUACUAAUCUAGUUCCACUCGUACGACAUUCAACAACAACAAAAAUGAAAAGAACUGCGUGCAAGUGUUUAGGAACCAGACAUUUGGGAUGGACAUUUGUAUGGGCCCUGAUGGGUUAUUGUACAAAAUGUUGUUCACUUGAAUUCAAAGGAGAAAAGCAGCUGUGAUCACCUGCUGUACCGCAAAAUCAGCGUGUACUCAACAAGUUCAGGCGAUGGACGGAGAGCUCCGUUUCCCGCCUUUUUCCACUUUUUUUUUUUAAUUUUCUUUUUUUUUAAGAAACCGACCGAUGGGCCAACGUGGCAUCAUGACUUUGCGUAAACAUACACGCCACUUUCCUAAAGCCAAAUGGCGUGUUAUCUGUACGCAUUUUGAGCUUUCCACGUGUACGUCUGCGCUGUAUACAGCGGCGCCACGUGGAGUCUUAUCGCGAGAACGUGCCGUGCUAUCGCGAGAACAAUGUCACGCGUGUGUAAAACAAUAAACGGUUGGGGUUAGGAAAAGAACAUUGGGGAAGGCUUAAAAAAAAAA